UAGGCGGGGUCAGAGAGUGAGCAGCAGAUGUAAUGCAGUCCUCUGCAAGUCCUCUGUGUAUGAGAGUAAUAAUAAACAGCACACACUGCAGGUUCCGGUGUUUCUGAUGCCUCAGGCUGUGUAUCCUCCAACGUAAGACGAAGGACCAGCUGCCGGCAGUCAGCAGCUUUCUCUCCGGCCAGGAGUGCAUGAGGAGGGCCGGUGGCCGACAGGGAGGGGUCCUUUGAUUUCAGGGCUUCCUCCUCCUGGAUGGAGCCUGGCUGUGUGCAGACAGCGAUGGCCAUGGAAGAUGCCUCGAAAAAAGCGUCGGGUCGUAACGUAGCGGUGGAGAGAAAAAACCUGAUCACCGUGUGCAGGUUUUCAGUGAAGACGCUGUUAGAGAAAUACACAGCCGAGCCCAUCGAUGAUUCCUCUGAGGAGUUCAUCAACUUCGCAGCCGUCCUUGAACACAUCCUCAGCCACCGUUUCAAAGGCUCCGGAAGCUGGUUUGACGGUCAGAAAAGUUACUGGGACUAUGUCCGUCUGUCCUGCGCUAAAGUCCCCAACAGCUGCAUCAGCAGCAUCGAGAGCAUGGAGAACAUCAGCACCUCACGAGCCAAGGGGCGAGCCUGGAUAAGAGUGGCCCUGAUGGAGAAGAGGCUCUCUGAAUACAUUGCGACUGCCCUGAGGGACAGCAGAACGACCAGGAGGUUCUAUGCAGAAGGAGCCAUCGUGUUACGGGAGGAAGCCACCGUCCUAACAGGGAUGCUUAUAGGACUCGGAGCCAUAGAUUUUAAUUUCUGUCUUAAAGGAGAAGCCUUAGAUGGGAAAUCUUCUGCCGUGAUCGACUUCACACCUUACUUGAAAUUCACACAAAGCUAUGAUUACCUGAGUGAUGACGACGAUCGACACAGUGUUGACAGCAGCACAAGCGACGACAGCGUCCCAGACCACCCCUACAUCCCCCUGGUCCCAGACGAGGAGAGCUGGAGCACAAAAUGUCGCAAGAUGGAGCAGAGGUUCAAGAUCGUCAAUGCUCAAAAGGGUUACCUGGAGGAGCUUGUACGCCUACGUGAGUCCCAGCUGAAAAACACAGAAACAGAGAACAAGAGGCUAAAAGCCCACCUGGUGGAGCUUGAGAGCCACAGGACGCAGGAGAAGAAGGAACUGGAGGCCAUCGUCCUGGAGCUACAGGAGCAGCUGACAAGCUUAAUUCCAUGUGACUCCAACCACCUGGCCAAAAACCUUACAAUCCCUCUGGUCAACCAGUGGCCAGCGAUCCAGAUGUACAACAACCAAGAUGACGUCAAGCUGUUCCGUCGGAGAAGUUUCCCCAGCACAGAGCUGCUGUCAGUGGAGAUCAGCCUGGACUCAGACUCCCAGAGGAAUGAAGGAAAACAGAAUGGAGGAGCCUGGUGCACAGAAAAGGACUACACCCCCUCCAUGAUGGGCCUGUGUGGGUCCCUGGCCUCCCUCCGCAGCUGCAAGUCUCUGGCUAGCCUCAAGUCCAGCGAGUGCCUGGUCCACAUCAGCACAGAGAACAGUCCUGCCCUCUCUCCUAGCUAGGGGGCGCCAAAGAAACACUGCCGACCUGUUAACUGAGACAAUUCAACAUACACAAUAGACUUCUUCUGGGAGGUGGACAAAUGCUCUCUUUUGUGGCCCUGACCUGAGUCCCUUUAUGCGCUAGGGCUCAAGUUACACCUUUUAAGCAUUUCUGAAAGAGUAGCCUUCCUGUUUGUGACAAAGACGCAGGAAAAGCUGCUGUACUGCCUGACGGCCUCCUGCAGUUUCACUGUCUCUAAUAGUCUUGACACGAUUAAGCCUCCUGGAAUGCAAACCACCGGUCCAAGUUGACCUCUCUUACGUCAUGAUGUGUGUAAUUACCGUCACGUCUCUACUGGUAACAUUGAACAACACAUCACUGUAGGAUUGUACUGUGUGUACUUGUCCAUUUGUCUUUGUCUUAUCCUUCUGUCAGUGUAUCUUAUUCUGCCUCUUGCAUAAUACCGGUGAAGGGUGGAUGAGCUGUUAUAACCUCAAAGGGAACAGAAACAACGUUUUGCCAUAUUAUAUCAGACUAUUUUAAAAGAGAGGCUUAUACUGUUAAAGCGGACAGAGGGUUUUAUGAUGAAGAUUAUUUAGAAAAUAAAAGAAGCAGCUCUAUGAUAUUAGGAGGGUUUACAGUUUAGGCCUUAUUCAAUCAUAUGGUGUGUUGGACACAGAUUUUAGGAUGGGACAGUAGAGACUUGAGAGGCUACAAAGGUUUGCAGAGCCAUUACAAUGUGAACAGACAUAAUUUCUAUUGCAUACACAUGCAAAGUGCAUUGUAACUAUGCAGAAUGAAUGUUUUCAUUGUCUUUUUCUACAAACCUAGCUUGAUAGAGUAGUUUGAAGGAGAGAAAUAGUGAAUGUGCAACGUGCGUGUGUGUCAUUUGAUUUUUUUUAAAUCUGUUUUUAUAUUUUUAAUUCAUUGUGUUGCUUUUAUCAUUUAGUGACAUAUGAAUUGCAAUCUCUUUGGGAAUUGAGAUGCAUUAUUUUUAUUUAAACUGCAAUAAAACUGCCUUUUUUGAAACAUUAA